CUUGAGGAAUGUUUGCAUUUUUACGAUUUUUUUCAUCCCUUUUCGCCUCACCCUUUGUCGAGUCGAUGUAGCGAGCAUGGCAGACUUUGAUCAUGAACUCAGCAGCUACAUCCAGGCACGCACGACUUCGGACCAGAAGGAGAAAGAGGAGAAUGCCGCCGCCAACGCUGCUGCGGAUGCUCUGUUCGGAGUAGCAUUCCCUCACCCGCAUCCUGAAGGAUUCCACCCGACCCAUGAGGCUCCAGCAUUCGCUCAGCAUCCCGUAACACAAAUGUGGCACGAUGCCACCACAGGCACCUUCUCUUACUAUGACCCCGCUUCUGAGACUUAUGUCCCUGUUGAAGGCCCAGUAUCAGGAUCAGGAUCGGGAUCAGGAGCAGGGAUAGGAACAGGCGUAGGGGCAGGAGCAGGGUCUGACAUCUAUCCUUCCGUACAAGACAACAAUGGCUAUUACAUUGACCCUAUCACCGGUUACGCGGUGGACAUGUCUGGAUACGGUCGAGAAGGGCAGACCCAUUAUGAUGCGCCACCAGAGAGCGAUGCCACCCUCAGAUUGUGUGUCAUCUCGUCGAAUAUCCUCAAGGUUGGUGGUGUGAUCAUGAUGGACGCAUCAGGACUAUCGUUCGGAAGGGACAGGCCAUUGAGUGGUCAGGGCAAGCGUGUUCGAAUGGUCGAGAUGGAAAUCAGUCGGUUCCAUGCCAGUAUAUAUUUGGAUCGUCAGCAAGUGUCACAGGAGGACCGUAACCACGAGGAUACGGUAUCAUCUUCGGCAGAUGGAUCAGGACAAGUAGCAGAGACGAACGAUGGAAACGAGUUCAGGAGUAACGAUGCUACAUCAGCUACAGCAACACCAAUAUCGCCAAAUUCUGCAGGGCCGACAACAUUAGGAUCAUUGGAAAUGAAUGAAGAGCAGACGACUGCAGCAGUGACUGAUCCGCACAAUGAAACACCACAGGGAGAAGUGGUGGAAGAAGAGUCUGCAGAAGAGACAAAUAGACAAGGAAAUGCGGACGAGAAGGAAGAAGGAGAAUACGACGAAUCCUCGGACGCUGGCGCACGGGAUAUGACUUAUGAGCAACCGAACGGAAAGAGUGAUGGCGAUGAGGAACGCGAAACAGAGGAACAGCAACGGUACAGAGAGUACCAGCGACAAAUGGAAGAGUACCAGCAAUAUUAUCAGCAUGCGGCUCCAACUACCUAUGUAGAUAGUUUUCAGAUCACAGAUUGCGGAUCGACCCACGGGACGUUUCUUAAUGGAGAGCGACUUUCAGCGCCCAAGACCGCCAGCCAGCCCUUUGCAUUGAAGCACCUAGACCGGCUCCAGUUGGGAUCAACAGUAUUCGAGAUCCAUGCGCACGAAGAAGGGCGGAUAUGCGGAAUGUGUCAAGUAACGGAUGGCAAUGAGAUUGAGGUCUUGGACGACAAGGAGCGUGAGGAGUCGGUAGUAAAGAGCUCGCCGACAUGGUCAGGACCGUCAAGACUGGAAAUGGAACGGGAGCGGAUCGAGGAGAUGAACCGUCUAAAGAAGAAGUGGGCUGGACCCGACAAGACAACCAUUCCUUCGAAGCGAGCAGUAGAACGACGAGAUUCCCCAUCCGCAGGCGGAGGAGGAGGCGGUUCACCGAGAGGAUAUGUCGACAGGGCCGCCAAACGUCGGUUGCACAACCCAGAUCGAUCGUCGCCAGUUCCAUCUGUGACCCCAAUAUACCCUUCACAGGAGGUCUCCAGUGGGUUCCAUGUACCGGUGGCCAAGACCAACAAGGGGCAUGCAAUGCUCAGCAAGAUGGGAUGGAAGGCAGGCAUGGGACUGGGUGCGGCGGGUCAAGGUGUAGUCGAACCGGUGCAAUUGAUGGUGACCGAAAAUAAGGCAGGACUCGGAUCUGGCGCACUCCAGACCCAGGGCGCUGCAGCUGCAGCCUCGUCCCGUCUACCAGAGACACCUGGCGAGGUAGCGCGGCGGAAAGCGCGUGAACGGUAUGCGCAAUUGAAAUAAAGAAAAAAAAGGAAGGCGUUUAUGGAG